AUGCCGCUAGCGAUCGUACAAGCUGCUAGCUAUAUUCAAACUCGGGCGCCUCAUUGUUCGGUCUUGCAAUGCCUGAGAGAUUUCCAAGGGAGUGACCGUGAAGCGACAAAGCUUCUGAACAAAGAGGCAGGUCAUCUCCAUCAGGACUGGGGAGCGAAGAACGCAAUUCUGGUGACGUGGCAAAUCUCAUUUGAUCAUAUUCGCCAAACAAAGCCAUCUACCGCGCAAUUGCUUUCUCUCAUGAGCUUUUUCAAUCGGCGAGGUAUACCAGAGAAUCUUAUCCGGCAGCAGCCUAGGACCAACCACAUAUCAAAUUCGGAACUCCCAAGUUACUCCAAUGACGAGGUGACAUCCGAAUCUGAUUUAGGUCCCGAUUUUGAUGAUGACAUCGCAGCGCUAAGGGAAUAUUCAUUUAUAUCUGCUACUGAGAGCAGCACAUCCUUCACGAUGCAUCGGCUAUUGCAACUGACUAUGCGCGCGUGGUUAAAAUCUCAUGAACAAAUAGACCAAUGGAGGGAUAAAAUUAUUGGCAUCUUGUGUGACGAGUUUCCCACUGGUGAAUACGAAAACUGGGAUAGAUGUGGGCCUCUUUUUCCUCAUUUCAAAUCUGCUAUGUCUAAGCGGCCAGCAUCAACUCAGUCUCUGCUGCAAUGGGCUACAUUGCUUUACGAGGGCGCGUGGUAUGCGUCACGAUGCGGUAACAUCAUCGAUACAAGAGAAAUGACAUCAAGAUCAAGAAAUCAACGAACGAUGGCACUGGGCAAUACCCACGAAAAAUUUGUCGAGAGCACAGCCAUUUUGGCAAUAGCGCACUGGCAUGAGGGUCGAUGGAAAGAGGCCGAGCAGCUCCUAGAACAGGUAGUGUAG